CACAAGCACUAAUAGCAAAUAUGGGAACCCGGACACACCCGGGGUAUUGGCCUCAAAUGCUAUGUGCGGCGGCAUUUUGCCUUUUAGCCACUGCUGUUGUUGCUGAUGAAUACAAGCCUUAUAUUUAUGCUUCUCCACCACCACCGACUUACUACUACAAGUCACCUCCACCACCAGUGAAAUCUCCACCUCCUCCUUACUAUUACAAGUCCCCACCACCACCCUCUUCUUCACCACCCCCUCCGUACCAUUACACAUCUCCUCCUCCUCCAAAGAAGUCACCACCUCCUCCAUAUUACUAUAAGUCCCCACCACCACCAUCACGUUCACCCCCUCCUCCAUACCACUACACAUCUCCUCCUCCUCCAAAGAAGUCGCCACCUCCUCCAUACUACUAUAAGUCACCACCACCACCAUCUCCAUCACCGCCUCCUCCAUACCACUAUACAUCCCCUCCUCCUCCAAAGAAGUCACCGCCUCCUCCAUACCACUACACAUCCCCUCCUCCUCCAAAGAAGUCACCUCCUCCUCCAUAUUACUACAAGUCCCCACCACCACCAUCACCUUCACCCCCUCCUCCAUACCACUACACAUCUCCUCCUCCUCCAAAGAAGUCGCCACCUCCUCCAUACUAUUAUAAGUCACCACCACCACCAUCUCCAUCACCUCCUCCAUACCACUAUACAUCCCCUCCUCCUCCAAAGAAGUCAUCACCUCCUCCAUACCACUACACAUCCCCUCCUCCUCCUAAGAAGUCACCUCCCCCUCCAUAUUACUACAAGUCCCCACCACCACCGUCUCCAUCACCCCCACCACCUUACUAUUACAAAUCACCACCACCUCCAGUGAAGUCUCCACCUCCUCCCUAUUACUACAAAUCUCCACCACCUCCAGUGAAGUCCCCACCUCCUCCGUAUUACUACAAAUCACCACCUCCUCCAGUGAAGUCCCCUCCUCCUCCGUAUUACUACAAAUCACCACCUCCUCCAGUGAAGUCCCCACCUCCUCCGUAUUACUACAAAUCUCCACCUCCCCCAGUGAAGUCACCACCUCCUCCGUAUUACUACAAAUCACCACCACCCCCAGUGAAGUCACCACCUCCUCCGUAUUACUACAAAUCACCACCACCCCCAGUGAAUUCCCCACCUCCUCCUUAUUACUACAAAUCCCCACCUCCUCCAGUGAAGUCCCCACCUCCUCCUCCCUAUUAUUACAAAUCUCCACCACCUCCAGUGAAGUCUCCUCCUCCUCCGUAUUACUACAAGUCACCACCACCUCCAGUAAAGUCUCCUCCUCCUCCAUAUUACUAUAAAUCACCACCUCCUCCAGUGAAAUCCCCUCCUCCUCCAUAUUAUUACUCAUCACCACCGCCUCCUAGCCACUACUAAGCUCAGGAUCACACAAUGUCUUCAUUUGAAUUGCUACAAGAAUAAGAGGAACUCAUGUCCUUUGUAAUCUAAUUUGUUUCUGCAUUUUUUUUCUUCAUUCAUAAACAUUUGUCUUUUGUGAUUAAUUAAGA